AUGGCGGUGGUGAUGCGCCUCCAGCGGCUCGGCGAUGAGGAGCUUGGCCCCGAAGACUACGACCUCCUCCUCGGCCUCGACGAAGCAGUGCGUGCAACCGCGGCGCCACCCGAUGUUCUCUCCAUGUCGGGUGCGCUGGCGCUACGCAGCAGCCUCGGAGGGGAUGGCGAGUGCGCCAUCUGCCUCGAUCCCUUGGGCGAGGAGGAGGGAGGAGAGGCCGCCGGCGGCGCCGAAGGCACAGUCCUCCCGUGCGGGCACAGCUUCCAUCGCCAAUGCAUCACGACGUGGCUCACCUCGCAAAAGAGUACUUGUCCAGUAUGCGUCGAGCGGCUGCAAGACGAGUCUCGUGCGAAUGGUGAUGCAGCCGCGGAUCCUAUCGAUCCUGCCAUUUCGGCCGGCGAUGCCGCCUCUCCCGAGGAGGACGAGAGCGGCCGUCUCUGUCCCGAGAGCGGGAAGGCCGAGAAGGCGGGGACGCCGUGCGCUGAGACAAGCCUGGGCGGCGCUUUCGUGCGGGGCCGGCUCUACUUCCCGCGCGCCACAUUGUCUGCAGGGCUUCCGGGCUUCAGCAGCGUGUUCUGCGACGACGACGACGACGAGGUUGGCGUAGCGAUUCACCCGGUCCGUGAUGAUGCCGCCACGGAAGAGGGCUCUGCAUCUGUGGGCAUCACCCCGCGUCGGCUCUACACCCUUGUGCACCAUCUUUGA